UGUCUGCCAGGAUAACGCAAUCCCUUUGGCUCCUUUCCUGGCUUCGGGACCGCCCUGUCCCUCCCCAGUGCUAGCUGGUCGCUCAGCGACCGCGUCCUAGUCACCAGAGAAGGGUUUGCUGGGCCGUUGCGGGAGCUCUCACAGCCAUGCAGCCCAGCCCAGCGAUCAGGGUUGAGGGACUGGGGGGGUUCGGUGGCGAGCUGGUCCCCGAGCCCUACGACAGCUUCAUGUACAGCCACCUGCGCUACUACGGCUACUUCCGAGGUGAGCCUUGGCUGCGGAGGGGCCCUGGCCACAGGGGCACGUCCCCUCAUGUCCCCAGCUCGGGGCUGCAGCUGCGCUCUCCCCAAGGCCAGAAGAUGGGCAGGCAGAAGAGCCCGGUGUUCCCAGGGGGCUCUGCUGAGCAGCACGCCUCCGAGGAGCCUGGCACCGGCAGCACCAAACCUGGCUGUCUGCGGGGUCCUGGGCAGGAGCUGAGCCCCCCUGGGGUGCUGGAGCAGACCCCCCGCCAGGGCACACCGGUCCCCUCAGUGCGGUGCCGUGGGUCCCUGGGGGAACCGCGGGCUCUCUUUGCCCUUCCCUCGGCACGGGGACCCCUACCGGCUCCCCACUGGCCUGUUGAGUGCGAAGUCAUCGAGGAAACGAUCAAGCACAUCGAGUGGGUCCCCCCUGAACCGGAGCCCUUCUGCCAGCCCGUGGGUCCUGAGCAGGCUCCAGCCACCCCCAGCAAGGAGCCUGGCACUGUUGUCUACCACUUCAACCCAGCACCCCGAGGCUCCUGCUUCACUCAUGCCCGGGUCGGGGGGGCCCCUGGUCCCCUCUCCUCACCAGCGGCCCCCUUGGAGGGUCCCCAGGACACCACACUGCUCUUCGAAUCCCGCUUUGAGAGCGGCAACCUCCAGAAAGCUGUCAAGGUGGGCCCCUACGAGUACGUGCUGACACUGCGGCCAGACCUGUACACCUGCAAGCACACCCAGUGGUUCUACUUCCGCGUCCAAAACACCCGGCAAGACCCUCUCUACCGCUUCACCAUCGCCAACCUGGCAAAGCCCAAGAGCCUCUACAGCGAGGGCUUGCGGCCGCUGCUCUACUCCCAGCGGGAUGCCCAGAGCCGUGGCAUCGGCUGGCGCCGCGUCGGGACUGACCUCCGCUACUACCGGGGGGGUGGUGGCGGGGAGGAGCCGGCCACCUUCUGCCUCUCCUGGACAGUGCGCUUCCCCCACAACGAUGACACUUGCUUCUUUGCCCACUCCUACCCCUACACCUACUCUGACCUGCAGCGCUACCUGCGGGCACUGGCAAGUGACCCAAUGCGUUCACAGUACUGCACGGUGCGGGCGCUGUGCCGCAGCUUGGCCGGUAACACCGUCUACCUGCUGACCAUCACCAGCCCUGCCGGUGUGGCGGCCAAGCGGGUGGUGGUGCUGAGUGCCCGCGCACACCCCGGGGAGAGCGGCAGCUCCUGGGCCAUGCAGGGCUGCCUCGACUUCCUCCUUGGUGCCCACGCUGAUGCGCAGCUCCUGCGCCGGCUCUUCAUUUUCAAGGUGGUGCCCAUGCUCAACCCCGACGGGGUGGUGGUGGGCAACUCGCGCUGCUCCCUGGCAGGCCGCGAUCCCAACAGGGCUUACAGGACGGCGCUCCGCAGCUCAUUCCCCAGCGUGUGGCACCUUCGGGCCAUGGUUGAGAGGGUGCUGGCGGAGCGGGAGGUGGUGCUGUACUGCGACUUCCAUGGGCACAGCCGGAAGAACAAUGUCUUCAUGUAUGGCUGUGACAGUGGCAGGGCUGGUGCUGGGCCACGGCUGUGCCAGCGCGUCUUCCCCCUGAUGCUGAGCAAAAACGCCCCCGACAAGUUCUCCUUCCCCAGCUGCAAGUUUAAAGUGCAGAAGAGCAAAGCAGGGACGGGCAGGGUGGUCAUGUGGCGCAUGGGUGUCUCCAACAGCUACACCAUGGAGGCAGCCUUCGGUGGCUCCACGCUGGGUGAGGGGCUGCCAUGGGCCAGGGGUAAUGGUGCCAGGUGUGUUGGCAGACACAUGGUCCCCAGGUUGGGAAGCUGCCACUUGUUUCGUUGUGCCCUGUUCCCUCCAGGCGGAAGGAACUCGCACUUUACUGUCGAAGACCUCAAGUCGCUGGGCUACCACCUCUGUGACACCCUGCUUGACUUCUGUGACCCUGAUCCCGCCAAGUUCCAGCAGUGCCUGUCAGAGGUGGACACGCUGCUGAGGCAGCGGCUGGGCCAUGAGCCGGGCUCUGGGGGCAGCUGGAGUGACGUCUCCGCCUCAGAGCUUGAGUCCAGCACCAGUGGCUCUGACAGCUCCGUGUCCGAUGAGACCCCGGCACAGCUGGUGAGUCCCUGGGUGCCACUGCUUUCAGGGCAGGCAUGA